AUGGCAUGCUGGGUGCAGAUGGUUUUCCUGCUUGUCAACAUAAUAACAUCAGCGGUACAAGGCAGAGUGGAAAAAGAGCUAUCUCCAGAGUGCAGAGAAUUCCUGUACAUGAGGACACCACCGACAGGGCUGGAGCAUCAUUCCUUGCGGUACAUUUGUCAGUGUUACUACAAGAAGCCACGUUAUGUCACACUGUACAACAUUGUAGACCAUAUACCUGUCUACUCUGCUUACACCUUCAAACGCUCAGAUGGGGAGAAAUGUGUGGAUGUGCCUUGGAUGUAUGAACCUCAGUUAUCCAUGUCUUCUCAUACAGAUGAGAUGCAACCCUUCCCACAUGAUUAUAUGCACUUGAAUUUUGAAGAUACCCAAGCUGUUCUUGAUGAUUAUACAAAUGCCAUCUUCUAUGAACGUGGUACCCUCAACCCGGACACGCAUCAGGACAAGCCUGAUGACAAGGCCUCUACCUACACCCUCACUAAUGUUGUGCCUGUGGUGCCCGACUUCAACAACAAAGUCUGGAACAAACAGGAGCAUGUCAUCCGCCAACGGCUUAACAAUUACUGCCACAGAACAGCUUAUAUUGUUACAGGUAUCAUCACCUCAGGGAAGAUGAUCCGCCGGCAAAACACCAACCGCAUUGUAGUUCCCACUUACUUGUGGUCAGCUUACUGUUGCGUUGAUUAUGACCACAGUGCGCCUUAUCAUGAGCUCUAUAAGUUUCCAUCUUUUGCUCAUUAUGGCCUCAAUGACGAAAACUCUGAGGUGGUGGAAAUUUCUGUGCAGAAGCUGAAGGACUUUCUUCAGAAGACUAGCUUUGUAGGACAGAACUUUCAGAUCUUUGUAGGUGACUGUGUCCCGGCAGCAUCCAGUAGAACUGAAUAG